ACAGGUGGAAAGUGAGUUGGGGGUUUUCUUUGCCACAGGAUCCUCUACUCCACCCUGGGGGAAUUUCCUUUCUUCUGAACAGGAGCAGCGGCAGAAGUUUGGGAGAAGGAACAGACUUUCUCUUUACUGGAAAGCUCUAGUGGCUGGAUUCUGAAGGCGUUUCAAUCCACUGGAGACCCAGUUACCUACCUGGCACAGAGGAGCGAUUGUAUUGGUUGAGGGAAGGGGUUAUUUAAUGACACUCAGAGAUUGGGGAACAGGUCCUCCUUAAAGAAAGAGACUGCAAGGAUACUUUUGCCUCAUUCCUCUGCAAGGGCGCCCAGAGCAGGCUUGAGGAUUCUCCUGAGAGUAUCGGGACCUGCGCCUUCCUUGCUGUGACAUCAGGAAGAAACUUUGCCCACCAAAAUGUCCAAAGUGGCAUCUGCCAGUGCCAGUGGAGCUGGAACCUCGUCCGGAUCAGAAAGUUGUGGGGUGGGGCCGGCUGAAGACCUCUCUAAGGUGUCGGAUGAGGAGCUGCUGAAGUGGAGCAAGGAAGACCUCAUUCGCAGCCUUCGUAAAGCUGAGGCAGAGAAAGUGAGUGCCAUGCUGGACCACAGCAACCUCAUCCGGGAGGUCAACCGCCGCCUGCAGCUCCACUUGGGCGAGAUCCGGGGGCUCAAGGACAUCAAUCAGAAAUUGCAGGAAGAUAACCAGGAGCUGCGAGACCUUUGUUGUUUCUUGGAUGAUGACCGGCAGAAAGGCAAAAAAGUAUCCCGUGAAUGGCAGAGGCUUGGCAGGUAUAGCGCGAGCAUGAUGCAUAGAGAGGUUGCUUUAUAUUUGCAAAAGCUGAAGGAACUGGAAGUAAGGCAGGAAGAAGUUGUGAAGGAAAACUUGGAACUGAAGGAGCUUUGUGUCUUGUUGGAUGAAGAAAAGGGUGGUGUUGCUGGCUGCCGAAAUUCAAUUGAUAGUCAAGCCAGUCUUUCCCAGUUAAAUGCCACAAGCACGUUCAUAAGGGAUGUUGGAGAUGGGAGUAGUACCUCCAGUACUGGGAGCACUGAUAGUCCUGAUCACCAUAAGCACCAUUCAAGCUCAAGUCCUGAGCACCUCCAAAAAACAAGGAGUGAGGGAAGUCCUGAGCAUCAAAAGCACCGGAGUGCUAGUCCUGACCACCUCCACAAACCCCGAAGUUCUGGAAGUCCUGACCACCAGAAGCAUCUGAAAGGACCAAGUCCAGAGCAUCAUAAAACUCUUGCCAAAGGUGCUGCAGAGCAACAGAAGCACAGCUGUAGCAGUCCAGAAACACUGCCAAAGCACAUGCUGAGUGGGAGCCCUGAACACUUUCAAAAGCAUAGGCCUGGGAGCAGUCCAGAACAUCAAAAGCACAGCAGCAGUGGAAGCCCUGAACUUCUUCAGAAGCAUGCUCUGAGUGGAAGCACAGAACACCUCCAAAAAGUGAGGGGCACUAGUCCUGAGCAUCUCAAACAGCACUAUGGGGGAAGUCCAGAGCACCUCAAACAUUUGGGCAGUGGCAGCAGAGAAGGCACCUUAAGGAGACAAGUUGCAGAUGAUCUGUCACCCCAUCACAGGGGCCUCUACAAUGGGAUGAAUGAAUCAACCUUGUCCUAUGUUAGGCAGCUGGAAGCAAGAGUAAGACAGCUGGAGGAGGAAAAUCGCAUGCUGCCCCAGGAUCCCAUUAGGAUGCCAUCAGAGGCAGAUGGGAAUGUCUGUUCUCCGAGCCAUCCAGCUAGCUUCAAUGAACAGGCCUCCUUAUCUUCUCAGCAGCCUGAAGCGAUGGUUAAUGCCCUCAAGGUUGUGUGGAGGAAACUUGGAGAUGCUGCAGGCUCGUGUCCUGGAAUUAGGCAGCACUUGUCUGGAAGCCAGUACAAAGGGCCGAUGUGAAUGGCUAUCAAAACAAGGAAGGAUUCCAAGUAUCAGUGGAUUCCACAGCAACCACCUUAGUAGUAAUGAGAUAAUGCCAAACACUUUCUAGGCUACUUCUGGAAAAUAGAACAAUAUUUUCUUUUCUUCAUAGACUUUGGUGUAAUGUAUCCAGAUCUCCUGCAGCUAAUAUAUACCAUUUAAUCCAAUUCUGCUUUUGCCACAAGCAUUUUCAGCAUAUAUAUACAGGAGGAUGCAGCUAACCAUCAUCAAGGUUGUUCAAACUCUAAUCCAGAAGGAAAAUUCACAGAGAAAGUGCUGUUGUAAAAAAAAGAGAAAGUGAGUAGAUGAAGAGAUCCCAAUGAACUGUGCCUUUGAUCUUCACAGUUUGAAGAGAGAGUAGUCUUAUACCUGAGCGUAUUAAAUAUUGGUUAAUGGUGAAUAGCCAAAUUGCAGCAUUUCCUUUCCAGUUGGUAGGAUUAUUGCAUUCUAAGGUGCUAAACUCCCCAAACCUUCAAGUCUCACAAGAGCCAAUAGUGUAGCAAAAGAAAGAAAAA